GUCCCUGCCCCGAGCUCAGCUGCUGCUCGGGCGGGACCCAGGCUGGACCGCGGGCUCCGGCCUGGGGGCCACAGCUGCCACCUCCGCCGUCACCUCAUCUCCUCCCCGUCCCUGUCCCGCCCCGCGUCUUCCCGCCGCACUCGGGCCGGAGGCCGGGGUCCCUCCCCGCCGCCCUAUCCCGCGCGGAUGCCGAAGGUGAAGGCGCUGCAAUGCGCCCUGGCGCUGGAGAUCCGCUCUGUAACUUGUCCAGGAGUGGUGCUGAAAGACAAGGAGGACAUCUAUCUUAGUAUCUGUGUGUUUGGCCAAUACAAAAAGACACAAUGUGUCCCAGCCACUUUCCCACUGGUCUUCAAUGCCAGAAUGGUGUUUGAAAAGGUGUUCCCUGACGCAGUAGACCCUGGAGACGUGGUUGCACAGCUCGAGUAUGAUACAGCAGUGUUCGAGUUGAUACAGCUAGUUCCACCAGUGGGAGAAACACUGUCCACCUAUGAUGAAAAUACACGAGAUUUCAUGUUCCCGGGUCCAAACCAAAUUUCUGGGCACCAUGAUUCAAACCGCCAGGUUACCAUGAGGAGGAUUUCUGGACUAAGAGGAAUUGCUCCAAAGCUGGAAUUUUCUACAACUUCAGUGAUCACGGAAUGUCUGAUAAGCUCAAGGAAGUGCCGCACUCAGGAUAAAUUUACUUACCAUUCAGCUCCAGCUGAAAAAUCCCACGGCAAACUGCAAUGCAGAACAUCAAGAUCACAGAAGAAAAAGUCCAAGUCACCCGAGAGAAGUAAAUACUGCAUGAACACCAAGAACUACGAACAGCCUACAAUUUCUUCAAAGUCUCAUUCUCCAUCGCCCUACACCAAGAGACGAAUGUGUGAGCUCUCUGAAGACACCAGGAGGCGGCUGGCCCAUUUAAACCUGGGACCCUAUGAAUUCAAAAAGGAAACAGAUAAGCCUCCAUUUGUGAUUAGACAUGUUGAUCCCCCAAGUCCCAGGGCUGAUAAUUUGUUUGGAUCACCCAGCAGAGACUGUGAACGAGAUGUCUGGGCCAGGAUGCACAGUGAUCAUCAUCACCUUGGGUGCUGCAGAUCCAAGGAUUACAAGGUUAUCAGGACACCACAUGGAAGAGAUUUCGAGGAUCCCUUUGAGAAGUGUGAGGAAUAUUUGAGCCCAAGAUCAUGUAACAAGCCUCAGCAUUCUGCAAGGACCUUGCUUGUUCAUUCAGCACCCUCGUCAACACCGAAGCACUGUGUGAGCCCUGUGCUAAACAGAGCCUCUCUCAGGGAAAGAUUCCACUCUGAUUGGUGUUCACCUUCAAACUGUGAAGAGAUCCAUGACCGGGUAAAAGAUGUCUUGAAAUCACAUCAGGCUCAUGCAAGACACUUAUGUGAUGAGAGAGACCCGGAGAAAGACGACGAGCUGGAAAUGAAGAGGAGUCUCUUAUACAGAGACUCUGCCUACGACAGCGACCCGGAAUACAGCUCCUACCAGCGACCACAUGGCUCUCUCCAUUUGGAUGACACUGAAUACUGGUCCAACAGAACAUCCUCUUACAAGGGGAAAUCCCACCGCCCUGUCUUUGAGAACAGCAUGGACAAGAUGUACAGGAGCUUGUACAAGAAGGCCUGUAGUUCUACUUCUCAUACACAGGAAAGCUUCUGAGACCAUCGGCUACCACCUGUAUGAGAAUCCGUGUCAACUUCUCAAUGAAAGCGUUUGAUGUGA